ACUAGUAUUAUGAUCAAUUGUAAUUUUAAGUGAAUUAUUUCUGAGAAAGGCGUGCAUCUGUAUGUUAUUAGUUCAUGGUUUAUGCAACUGACAGAAUAAUACUUUGGAGUCGCAUUUUAACAAUAUUUCGUAAAAUUUGUAUAAUUGGAAUUGUUUUGAACAUUAACAGUUUACACUAAAAAGAUUCACUCUUAUAUACUAAUUCAAACUUUCCGUUGCGUGAGGAAUGUAAACUUACAUUUAACUUAUCACGGUGUUUUGUGCGUAUAAAAUGUAAAUCUCACAUUCCAUACAUAUAUAGUUACAUAGUGAAUCUAAGAACAAAGCUGUUAAAUUAAAUAAUAUUAAACAAUGUUCCAAUCAAAUCAAGAACCUGACAUACCUGCGGCAUUAGGUCUACUUUCACAUCUAAACAAUGAUGAACUUGAUGAAUUAUUACAUAACGAUAGCAAGUUUGAAGAUAUUGUAAAAGAUAUAAAGCAGUUUAAGGAUUUAGAAACAGAAAAGGAAAUGUUAAUGGCCAGUAAUAGAUCUUUGGCAGAAUUUAAUUUGUCAAAACAGCCAGAAUUACAAGAAAGCAAACAAGAUUUAAAAGACCUUAGUGAAAAAGGAAAUGCGUUGUGUACAAGUGUAAAGGAAAAACUGGAAGAAAUAAAGGAAAAGUCUGGAGAAAUGACUGCUGAUACUGCAUUAGACUUGUUGCAAACAGCUACUGCUGAAAUUGAAGAAGAAUCAGAGACUAUAGCAGAGAAAUUUUUGGCUGGAGACAUGGAAGUUGACGAAUUUUUAGAGCAAUUUUUAUCACGAAGAAAACUGAUGCAUCUACGCAAAGUUAAAGUAGAUAAAUUAAAAGAGUUAAUAAGAAAAUCACAUUUCACAGUCGGUGAUCCUGGUUAUCCAGUUGCUAGUAAUUUUCCUGGCAUAGCACCUGCAGUUCCUUACCCAAUUGGACCUGUUUCAAUGCCCAUGCCAGUGCCAUCAGGUUUACCACAUUAUAGACCAUAUUAAGUCGACAAAUUAAAAGAAAAUUCCGUUUUUAUAUGUUUCAUUUACACAGGUACAUAAAAUAUAUGUUAUUUUGUGAAAAUGAAAUAAUAUUUGCAAUUACAUUUUAAGCAUGUAUAAUAAAUAAGUAUGUUUUACAAAUUAUGAGGUUUGAUAAAAUAACACUCCCAAAAGCAAUUGGUAAUUGGUGUACAGAAUUAUAUAUUGUUACGGUGAGAUAUUAAUGUAUAUUUCACACAUAAUUAAAAUAUAUGAACAUAAAUGUCGCCUAGUUAUAUAAAAUAUACAAAUUAAGCAAUGUAAUAUAAAUGUAAUUAUAUUCUGUGAAAAUUGAUAA